UGUGUGGUUGAGCUGCAGGACUAAUUGUAAAACACUGAGGGAGAAUAUAUCCAGGAGGAGGCAGUAAUGUCACGUUAAGGGUGCUAACUAGUGUAAAACCAAAGAAGAAGAAGAAGAAGAAGAAGCAGAAGAAGGGGACACUUAAAGACGCGACACUUUUAACGGUUCGAGAUGACGACUUCAUGGAGCGACCGUCUGCAGAACUAUGCCGACCUACCAGCCAACAUGGACGGCGUGGCCAUGAAGAAGUACCGACGUGAAGCUCACCACAGCUUUCCAAGGGAUCUGGCUCAAAACCAUCCUGCAAUGAGAGUGUUUGUCAACCGAAGCUUGGCCAUGGAGAAGAUCAAGUGUUUUGGUUUUGAUAUGGAUUACACUCUGGCAGUGUAUAAGUCCCCUGAGUAUGAGUCGCUGGGCUUCGACUUGACAGUGGAGCGUCUGGUGUCCAUCGGAUAUCCACAAGAGCUGCUAAACUUUGUCUACGACCCCUCCUUCCCCACCAGAGGUCUGGUGUUUGACACAAUGUAUGGCAACCUGCUCAAAGUGGAUGCUUAUGGGAACAUUCUGGUGUGUGUGCACGGAUUCAACUUCUUGAGGGGACCUGACAUCAGAGAGAUGUACCCCAACAAAUUUAUUCAGCGUGGAGACACAGACCGCUUCUACAUCCUCAACACACUCUUCAACCUGCCUGAAACUUACCUCUUUGCUUGCCUGGUUGAUUUCUUCAGUAACUGCUCCAGAUAUACAAGCUGUGAGACUGGCUUCAAAGAUGGCGACCUUUUCAUGUCCUACAAGAGCAUGUUCCAGGACGUCCGAGACGGCGUGGACUGGGUUCAUUUCAAGGGGUCCUUAAAAGAGAAAACGGUUGAAAACCUGGAGAAGUAUGUGGUGAAGGAUCCGAAGCUUCCUCUCCUCCUCAGUCGCAUGAAUGAAGUAGCAAAAGUAUUUCUGGCCACCAACAGUGAUUACAAAUACACAGAGAAAAUUAUGACCUACCUGUUUGACUUUCCUCACGGCCCAAAGCCGGGUACACCCCACCGGCCCUGGCAGUCCUACUUUGACCUGAUUCUGGUGGACGCCCGUAAGCCCAUGUUCUUUGGAGAGGGAACUGUGCUGCGGCAGGUCGACACUGCCACAGGUCGGCUGAAGAUCGGCACGUACACUGGACCUCUCCAGCAUGGUAUUGUUUACUCUGGAGGUUCUUCGGACAUCGUGUGUGACCUGCUUGGUGCGAAAGGAAAGGACAUCGUCUACAUCGGAGACCACAUUUUCGGUGACAUUCUCAAAUCCAAGAAGCGUCAGGGCUGGAGGACUUUCCUGGUGAUACCUGAGCUGGCCCAAGAGUUGCAUGUCUGGACUGACAAGAGCUCCAUAUUUGAGGAGCUUCAGUCUCUGGAGUGCUUCCUCGCAGAGCUUUACAAGCACCUGGACAGCAGCAGCAAUGAGAGACCCGACAUCAGCUCACUGCAGAGACGGAUUAAGAAAGUGACCCAUGACAUGGACAUGUGCUACGGCAUGAUGGGAAGUCUGUUUCGCAGUGGAUCCCGACAGACACUGUUUGCCUCCCAAGUGAUGCGCUACGCUGACCUGUACGCCGCCUCCUUCAUCAACCUGCUCUACUACCCCUUCAGCUAUCUGUUCAGAGCUGCACACGUGCUGAUGCCUCACGAGUCGACGGUGGAGCAUACCCACGUCAGCGUCAUCGACACAGAGUCACCCCUGGCCACACGAAACCGCCACGAGCUCGACCUCAAGGAGAUGGAGUGCAAACGGCACCAGCUGACACGAUCCAUCAGCGAGAUCCAGCCCCCCCACUUCUUCCCUCAGGCUCCACAGGAGAUCACCCACUGCCAUGAUGAAGAUGAUGACGAGGAGGAGGAGGAGGAGGAGGAGGAGGAGUAGAGAAGUCUGUAGAUGAGUCUUGGAGCUUUUCUUUGAUUUAUAACUACCGGGCUGUAACUGCUGCCUGGUUGUCAGAUCCAUUUUUUUUAUUUUCUUUUUUCAUUUAGUAGGACCUGGACCUGGUCGUUUACAUGAUAUUGACUGUCGAUCCAGGUGGUCUUGCUACGAAGAGAGAGAAUUAGAGAGAAUUAUCCAGCAUGUUCAGAUUUAUGUUUGUAGUCUAUGAUUCAGGCAGUGGGAUUUUGAAAUUGAAAAUGACAAGAAAGUGAAGACGUGUCUCCAAAGUGAAAGAGAAGAACUUCCAUACUCAGGUAGAGCAUGUGUUCAUUGUUAGAUCCUCGUGGCUCCGCUGGGUUUGUUUGAGGAGGAAUUUUCUGCUUUUGGAUGGGGAUCAUUCAGCUUAUCAGGAGCCAGUGUGAAUUUACUCAUGUGUACUGUGAACGGUUCACUGCCAUGCUUCGUUCUCCUGCACCAUGCCUCUCCCUUUAUCAUGUGCAGAACUCUGAGGUGAAGGGGUUGACUUUAACUUUGCAUAAAGGAACAAUCUAUCUUAAAACUGGAGGCAGCCACAUGUGUCACAUACUUUGCAUUUUUGGGACCAUAAUGUUUUGUGAGGUGUCUUUUUUUUCACACUUCCAAAGAAUACUGGUCAAAUGUAGAGCUGUGAUAUUUUGAGGUAUUUCGGCACCGCUAGAAUUCAAGCUGUUUUAUACAUUUGAGUUAUUUAAAACAUCCACAGUAAAUGUCUUAUUGCUGUGAGAUGGAUGUUCCUGCAACUACAGCUGCAUCACCGAAAGGAACUCUGGGAAAUGUAGGAACAUCUGAGUGUGGAUUCCUCCUGGAUUUAUUUACUGUAGUUGGUGUAUUGAACACAGCUGUUGAAACUAGACUCAGUCAUAAAACAUUUCCCUCUAGAUGAAUAUUUCCUGAUAAGCAGAGUGUGUAAUGCCUGCUGUGGUGAGAUGAAGUCAACAGGAAAUGGCUUACACUAUAUGCUAACAGUUCAUGAUACCAGCGUAAAGAAACGUUGCCUACUUGUUUUACCCAGUAACUCUCCUCACUGUGUUGUAAAAUCAGACCGACUGUCCCAUACCCCACAGAAUCAAAACAACACCUCAGCCUGAGCUCCUCAGUGUUGUACAGGCUGGCUGCAUUAUGUGUUUUUAAAAUGACUGUAGAUAUUUAACCUUGCACAAGGUUCACAAGGCACUGUGAAACGGUUACUGCCGUAUUCAUCUCACUUUGAGUUGAUCCAGUGAGUGUGAAUCAGACUUACUGUUUGAAGUACAUUUAAGUUAAAUAGUUUUCAUCUGAGGAAUGACGUGAAAGGUAUGAAAGCCCAUUCCUGCCAGGAAAAACAAAAUAAUUGUGACAUUUUGGACUAUAUCAUUUUUUUUUUUUAAUCUAAAAACUUGAUUUCUGUUUAUAAUUUUGAAUCAGUUUGCCAGACUGACGUAUUUUCGUAUCAUUUUUAUGUGUAAAUUUAGUGAGAAGUUAAAUGUUUCAUCACCAGCCAAGUGAACAUUUUGUUUUGCCUACUAUCCAAGUAUACUGUACUAUAAUUUAGUCUUACCAUGAGUGUUUUGCUUUGUCAUUUGGAAAGCUUCCAGUGUGUAUUGCACCUGGUGGUAGUGGUCUUCCAUAGUGACCCUGCUGCUGUUCCCUGACUGUAGUUUAAACAUGAUCAGAACUAUCACCAGUUCUGUCUGUAAACCUGCUGUUACUGUAAUGUGAGAUAUGGACAGUGGUGCCGCUGAGCACUGUGGGCCUGUUUCUGUGUGCACUGUCACCACAGAUACUGUCAACAUGAAGAGGAUGCAAUAAGUAUUUUAGUUUAUUUUUAGUGCUGAUACGGUUGUUUUCCUUUUAACAUUAUCACGUUUUUACGUUACUGCCUUGAUUUGAAAACAGGAGGACCUGUUUGCCAGAAAAGUUCGAUCUGAUGAACUGAUCACACACAGUAUGGACCCUUAGAUUUCAAUGAAUGCAAUUGUACCGUUUGUGUGUUUAUAGCCUCACACAAAGUUACUCAUUAAAUUUGUUGAAGCUGCCUCAUCCUGUUUGGACAGAAGAGACCUGUUUUUACUGUCCUCGUUGUGGGUCAAAGCUUGAUUAAAUGACCUGUCAUUGAGAUCUGUGCUCAAAUGGACAGUUUGACCUUUUUCAGCCCUGUUGCACCUUGGGAUAUUUAUCCUGUUAUUCGAGUAUGGGAGCAAUAAGUCGAAUUUGUCACUCUGAUGCUGUUGAAACAGAGGCCCAGAGGUUUCAGAGUGUGCAAGUAGUACCAAUGAUGAAACAUUUUCAAUUUCAUAUUCAAAUCAUUUCAGAACUGUUGUGCAUGCCUGUUUUAAUGACAGCGAUAGCUAGCUUAGGCUUUGACGAUCAGUCGUACUCAAGUGUACAGUGAACCAAAUGAAUGUUUAUUUUUACCAGCAACAGUUGAUGCAUGUUGUAUUUUUUGCUGUUUUUAUUUGAAAUGUUGCCUUUGUUUGGAAUGUUUGUAAUAAAUUUUCUGAUCUGA